AUGAACCGGCUUGACCGCACCCGCAGCCCAGCACAAGGAAGCACCUUCACCGCCCACGGCCCGAGCUACGCCUCCGUCUCCGACGCCGGGCGGCCCGGUUCCAGCCGUGCCAGGCCUUAUGCCACCAACAGCGGCGGCGGCAUGAAAGCCAGACUCGGCCGCUUCAUCGACUCCUUCCGACGCGAGGACGGGGCCGGCAGCAGCCAGUUCGCCUUCCACGUAACCGACACUGACGCCGACCAUGACGGCGAUGACGGAUUCAGCGGCCGGAGGCCCGCGGAUGUGGUAGUCGUCCGGGAGCAUCAGGGGAGCCGGUACUACGACCUCCGCUCGGCCAACGCCAAGACGGCGAGCACGCUGUUGGCACGGGAAUUGAAGGGAAGGCAUCUGCAGAUGAUUGCCAUCAGCGGGUCCAUCGGGACGGGGUUGUUUGUUGCGUCUGGUAAGGCCCUGAGCCAGGGCGGUCCGGCGUCGCUUCUGCUGGCGUACCUGAUCGUGGGCGUCAUGCUCUGGUGUACGGUGCAGGCUCUCGGGGAGAUGGCCGUCGUGUUCCCCGUGGCCGGGUCGUUUUCGGCGUUUUCAACGCGGUUUUUGGAUCCGAGUUGGGGUUUUGCUAUGGGCUGGAAUUAUGCCCUGCAGUGGAUCGUGGUGCUUCCCUUGGAGAUUAUCGCUGCCGCUUUGACCAUCGAGUACUGGAACUCGGAGGUGGAAAAAGCCAUCUUCGUCACCGUCUUCCUAAUCAUUAUCGUUCUGAUCAACUUGACGGGCAUCAAAGGCUACGGUGAAGCCGAGUUUGUCUUUGCCAUCGUCAAGGUGACCGCCGUUGUCGGUUUCAUCCUCCUCGGCAUCGUCAUAAACAUUGGCGGCACUCCAACAAGUGGCUACAUCGGCGGCACGUACUGGCACGACCCGGGCGCCUUCAACAACGGCUUCAAGGGUCUCUGCGCCGUCUUCGUCACAGCCGCCUUCGCAUUCGCGGGGACCGAGCUCGUCGGGCUGGCCGCCGCUGAGACCGCCAACCCCAUGAAAUCCCUCCCCACCGCCAUCAAGCAAGUCUUCUGGCGCAUCACUCUCUUCUACAUCGUCUCCCUGACCCUGGUCGGCCUGCUGGUUCCCUACACGGAACCCCGCCUCCUUGGCGCAGCCAACAUCGCCGACGCCACGGCCAGCCCCUUUGUCAUCGCCAUCGAGAGCGCGGGCGCCACCGUCCUGCCCAGUGUAUUCAACGUCAUCAUCCUCGUGGCCGUCAUUAGCGUCGGCAACUCGUCCGUCUUCGGCGCCUCGCGCACCCUCGCCGCCCUCGCCGAGCAAGGCCAGGCGCCCAGGGUGUUUGCCUACGUCGACCGCCGCGGCAGGCCGCUAGUCGCCAUCCUAUCCGUCUCGAGUGUCGGCCUGCUGGCCUACCUGGCCAAUUACCAGGCCCAUGCCCGCGUCUUUGACUGGCUGCUUGCCGUCAGCGGGCUGAGCACCAUCUUCACCUGGGCGAGUACCUGUCUGGCGCAUAUUCGGCUCCGUAAGGCGUGGUCGUAUCGGAACCGGUCGCUGGAGGAUAUGGCGUUCCGGGCGCAGGCGGGCGUCGUGGGCAGCUGGGUCGGGUUGAUCUGUAACCUGUUUGUGCUGGCGGCGCAAUUGUGGGUGGCCAUCUCGCCGGUCGGAGGUGAAGAAUGGAGUGCGCGUGAUCUGGCCGAGAAUUUCUUUGUGCAGUGCCUGGCGCUGCCGGUGGUGUUGGUGUUCUGGAUAGGGCAUAAGCUCUGGUUCAGGACGAGCUUUGUGAGGGUGGAGGAUAUGGAUAUUGAUACGGGGAGGAGGGAUUUUGGGAGGCUGGGGAUUAUCAAGGCACAGGAGGAGGAGGAGCGACAGAGUUGGCCGAGGUGGAAGCGUUUAUAUAGAGUCAUAUGCUGA